ACGGGUUGUAAUUUAUUCCUCACACGCGAUUGGUCACAGAUCGAUGCGCGCUCCCGGUGGCUCUGAGGCGGCGCGCCCGUGCUUCUGAGCAUCGUUUGGAGAAAGCGGAGAGGAGAGACGGAGAGAGAGAGAGAGAGAGAGAGAGAGAAAUAGAGAGAGAGGGAGAGCCGUGCAACAACCAAGUGUCCGCCGAAUGUCUGCCUCCUCCCGCUGCCAAUGAAUACCCCUCACAUUCCUAUGUCUGCCAGUUGACAUACCGAACAGCGACGGACCAGGCUUCCAACCCUGCGAGGAUUCAGGAGUCCUAUAGCGGGCUGCGUGUUUUUUCAGGAGCACCUGACAUUUCCUGUGGCAGAUUUACUCACUGGAUCAUGGCACAGACCAACACGUGUGGACGGGCACCAAUGGGUUACCGGAUGAGUCCACCACAAUGAUAGUGUACAGAAAGAUGGAGGAAGUAAUAGCACGCAUGCAGGAUGAGAAAAAUGGCAUCCCUAUCCGAACAGUGAAAAGUUUUCUCACCAAGAUCCCCAGUGUUUUUUCAGGUUCGGAUAUUGUACAGUGGAUGAUCAAGAAUCUGGACAUUGAAGAUCAAGUGGAGGCUCUUCACCUAGGAACUCUGAUGGCUGCACAUGGUUACUUCUUCCCCAUCUCAGACCACGUCCUCACUCUCAAAGAUGACGGCACUUUCUAUAGGUUUCAGACUCCAUACUUUUGGCCAUCAAACUGCUGGGAACCAGAAAACACAGACUAUGCUGUUUACCUCUAAAGAACAAUGCAAAAUAAAGCGCGUCUGGAGCUUGCAGACUACCGAAGCGGUGACUUAGCAAGGCUACAGAGAGCUUUCGCCAGGAAAUGGGAGUUCAUUUUUAUGCAAGCAGAAGCACAAGCAAAGGUGGACAAAAAAAGAGACAAAAUUGAGAGGAAAAUUCUUGACAGUCAGGAAAGAGCAUUCUGGGACGUGCACAGACCAGUGCCUGGAUGUGUGAAUACGACGGAAGUUGACAUAAAGAAAUCCUCCAGAAUGAAAAACCCCCACAAAACUAGAAAGUCUGUGUAUGGGCUGCAGAAUGACAUCCGUACCCACAGCCCAACCCACACCCCUGCUCCAGAGGCCAAGCAGCCCACGGAAGAAGAACUACAGGAACAGAUCACCUUUUGGCAAUUGCAAUACAGGCAUCGACUGAAAUGUCCAAAGUGGCCAGAGAGUUUGCUUGGCUACACGGAGCAGUAUGUUGAAUACGACCCCUUCCUCACGCCUCCAGACCCAUCCAACCCCUGGAUCACAGAUGACACCACACUUUGGGAGCUCGAAGCCAGUAAGGAGCCAGGCCAGCAGAGGGUAAAGAGGUGGGCUUUCGGUAUCGAUGAGGUUCUCAAAGAUCCUGUGGGAAGAGAGCAGUUCCUCAAGUUCCUGGAGUCUGAGUUCAGCUCAGAGGAUUGUAGGUUCUGGCUAGCGGUGCAGGAACUAAAGAAGCGUCCAAUCAGAGAAGUUCCAACUCGAGUUCAGGAAAUCUGGCAGGAGUUUCUGGCCCCUGGAGCGCCCAGUGCCAUCAACGUGGACUCCAAGAGCUACGACAAAACCACCCAGAAUGUUAAAGAUCCCGGACGCUACGCCUUUGAGGAUGCACAGGAACACAUCUACAAGUUGAUGAAGAGUGAUUCUUACAGCCGAUUCAUCCGUUCCAGUGCCUACCAGGAAUUAUUACAGGCCAAGAAGAAGAAAAGUAAGAACUUGUUCUGAAGACUCUCGCUCCCAGCGCAGGGGAAACUACUGGCAUCCAAGAGAUUGACCAGUCUUGUGCCAUCAUGCUAAAUCAAUGCCAUCUCUCUCUCUGGGACAUGGAGGAGGGGGAGACCAUUUCAUCUCUUCAUCAUCAUUGUCUGUCAUCUGCUCUUGGCUCGGCCGGAUGAUGAGCCAAGCCGUCUGUUCGUCUGUUGUCCACAGGAUGUUGCAUGUCCAUGGAGAGGAUGCUCCUUCUUCUCUCUCCUCUUUCAGUACCUGAUAUAUUUCCAGUAUUCUCAGAAAAGGAGGCACUGCUGGACUUGUGAGGACACUGACAGACUGUCGAGAUGAAAAAUUGUCAUUGAAGUAAAGUCGAAUCCAGUUCUCGCUCCAGUUCUUUCCAUCGUAACAGCUGGACCGGAGCCCCCUCUCUCACUUCCAGCUGCAACAAAUGAUGUCAGAGAGAAAAAAAGAAGAAAAAAAAAACACGUAGAAAAAAAUAUAAAAUGACAGCUUAAACUGAUAAACCUAACCAAUGUCAUCGCUUUACAUGAUCUGAGGUCACAGAUACUUUGUCACGCUACGGGAAGUGUUGUGCAGAAUGAAUAUACAAUAUACAGUAUAUAUACAUAUAUAUAUUAUGAUUAUGAUUAUUUAUUGUGCAUUUACUUUGCUUUGCAUUAUUUUAUUGCACUACAAUAAUUAGCACAUAUGGUUUUCAUUGCACCUGUAAAGUCACAUUCAAAUUAACAGAAAUGCUGUCUCCUGUCUUACGCAGAACAUAAUUCUUUGUUAUUCUCUCCUGCAUUUAUUUUUAUACCAUAUUUAAAGACACUUUUACUUACUUGUAUUAUUAAAGUUGGCCCUUUAUCUGUUA